AUGUAUCUCAAAGAUCAAUCUGACCCCUCUCUAGGAACUGCAGUAGCAACCUCCGCCGAAACCCAGACAAUGUCAAACCCUGGCCAACACGCCCAAGUCCAGCGGGCGCUGCCCACCAGCAAUGGGUCCAGGCCCAACACACCCCCAUCGUCCUCGAACACCGCGGCUAUCACAGAUGUCGCAACACAAAUGCGCUCCAUCAUCGAGAGCCUCGAGCGCCAGCCUCCGACGGCAGAAAAUAGAGCCCAAGCGGCGGCCAUGGCACGAAAUCUUGCGGAGCUGAGGGAGAAGAUGGAUGCUGCUGCUUCUGCUGCGCAGCCACGUCUCAGUGCUGACGCGCCAGAGUUCAAGCCAUCCCCAUCUCAAGAACGCGGUAGACAGGGUGCGCCAUCUGCUGGCAACGAACGUGAUGCAGCCGGAGGAGGUAAUCCUUUGAACAAGGGGGGAGUCGUACUGCCGACAUUCACGUUCACGAGCGAGUCGCCGGGCCCGCCACAACAGCAGUAUACGCAGGAGGAGGUGCGGACGCAGAUCGCUGCAAUCUUUGGCAGCUCGGCGCAGAACAAUGUUUCGCAGCUUCCGGUGGUGAAUGGGUCGGUAAUGGCAUCGUUUCAUGGGCAUAUGGAGCCGAUAACCAUAAACCCGGUGACUGGUAGGGCUCGGAUGCCCCUUUCGCACUUGACGGCUAUUUCGAAUAAUGCUCGGCGUCGUUCCCAAGAGCGAGCUGAGCGAGCGGCGGCGUCGCAGGCUCAGCUAGAUCAGAUAAUCCAGCAAAAUCAGGCCCAAGAGCAGCAAAUUCAACAAGCCCAGCAGCUUCAAGCACAGCAACUCCAACAAGCACAGCAACUCCAACAAGCACAGCAAGCUCAACAAGUUCAAGCUCAGCAAGCUCAAGCACAGCGACUCCAUCAAGCCCAGCAGGCUCAGCAAGCUCAAGCCCAAGCUCAACAAGCUCAACAAGCUCAAGCGGAGCAACUUCAACAAGCUCAAGCUGAGGCUCUACAAGCAUAUCAAGCCCGGCAAGCUCACCAAGGCCAGCAGCCUCCACAAUCCCUCCAGAUGCCCCAGCCCCAUCAUCAACCCCACCACUUCCAAGGCCAGCAACCUAGCAAUGGGCAAAUCUUCAGUCAAAUCCAGCAAAACUUGCAGUUCGCACCACAACAACCUCAGCAGCAGUUCCCAUUCGGCAUGAACGAUAUGUCUUACGGCCAAUCGAACCACUCCCACAUGCAUCCACAGCAGCAGAUGGGCAAUGAUUUUGCUUUCAACAACAUGCAAGAUUUCACCCAGGGGCCUCCUGUGGGUCCAUUCAUUCCCCAGAAUUACGAGAUGCCUAGCAUGGGCCAAUUCUCGACGCAACCAGUCACCCAGCAGCACCAGAACAUGCCCUUCAAUAACGUGAAUCCGUUGGCAGGGCAGGCAGAGACCCAAAAUGGAGUCUCAUUGACACACACGCCCGAUGUUCCGAUCCCCACUGGACCCAAUAACGAUAACGUCACCGCAGACCCGUCUAUGAUGACAAAGUUCAGAGAUACUCCACCUCAGACUCACUCCAAGCCUGCCGUAGACGGAUUAUCAGACGACAUGGCAGGCUACUUCCCCAGCGCAUACGAGCUGACUGGGAAGUGGAACACGCUGCCGGCGAUCAUGCGUACGCCUCCACAAAUGCAGCAGCAGCAAAACGGCAGGGACAAGACGCGGAACGGCGAUGAUCCGGACAACGGAGGGCCGGGAGCGAGCAAUGGCGCUACCGGUGGUGUGAAUGGUAAUGGAAAUGGGAAUGGCAGCAUGUCUCUACCAACUGCGAACAGUCCGAGACAUUGCGCCAACGGCAAUGCCAAUGGUAAUGGAAAUUGGAAUGGCAGCAAGCCUCUGCCAACUGCGAAGCGUACUUCCCACCAGAAUGGCAAAACCCAUAGCCGUGGACCUAGCCAAGAUAACUCAACAACCCACAAGAACGGCAACACCCGCCCCCAAAGCGCAUCACACACGUGGCGCUCGCAUACGCACACAAUCUCAGGAGACUUCACAACCUUGAGGCGUAAUGCGGGACACCUUGAUUUCCUAGGUUCCCCGGCCUUCCCAGUAUCCGCAUCCGAAUAUGCUCGUCUGCGGGCUGAUACGCUUGCGGAGAAACAAGCGCGCCUCACUGCGCAGCUGGGCGAGAUGAUGAAGGCAAAAAAAGAGGGGCAGCGAGUUGGGGAGGCAAUGAGGGGAAAGGCGUUAUAUGGUUAUUCGGCGGUGUUGGCGGAGAAGGAGGAUGUGUGGAACGUCAAUGGUAGCAGUGGAGCCGGCUAUCCAAGCGUUGCAGAGAUGAAGAGAGAGCAUGCGCUGGUGGGUUCUGAAACAGGGUCGUCUCCAGGCCUUUUUUUCCCGAAGCCAAAGGGGAUGGUGGCCAGUGUCAAGCAAGGAUAUAUUGGGGUGAGCGAGCCAGAUCUGGCCUUGGCAAACACGCCUCGUGAGGACUGGAGUGUAAAUAGUGUCGAAAAGGCGAGGGCUUGGGAGAAUGAGCUGGCCUGGGAUGAGAUUGUGGCAAAGGCGAGCAAGGAGGCUGCGCAGAAGGUCAACCAGAUCCCAAAGAAUGAUUCAGAGUGGCUUGUCGGACGAGGGUUGCUUGAUCGGUUGGUUUGAGGCGGGCUAUCCUGCGAUGGUCUUCUCUCUUGUUGAUUACGCAGACCAUGGCGGAUUAUGCCAUGGGGGCUUCAUAUUAGGCAUCUAGCGAGGCGUUUUUUUCCUGGUGGUGUUCCAGAGCGUCGAUAUCCCUCUCGAGUAUUUGCGUAUCUUUUUCGAUAUUUUUCGGCCGGGAGGCAUGUUGUUUGUUAUUUUUCUUUCACAUAGUAGCGUCUCUGAGCCUUGCUAGGGAUGUUUAGAUAGUACUUUGCUCACUAAUGAGAAUGAUUUUCCCAAAUCCCAAAGCAGCCAUUCGAGAGACCAAGUACGUAAUACUGUGGUGUGCUGCCAAACGCGAGCAUACGAAAUCGUCGAUGGCGCUCGAUGAGAUGCGGGCAAGAGGGGAGAAAUAACGCCUUAUGAAGAUGAGGGGAAUGAGGGGGAUAGCGGGGUUGAAAGUAUGGUAUAUGGUAUGGUGUAUGGUAUGACA